AUGGUGAUGCAAGUGAAAGGGCAGCUAUUGGCAUCCACCCAUCUCGAAGCUUACACACAAAACUGGCUCGAUUUUCAGUACAUUAAUGGAUUGGUAAUCUCAGGUGGUGGAAUAUUUCAUGGACAAGGAGCUUCUGCAUGGCCUUACAACCAAUGCCCCAAGACACGCAAAUGCAAACUCCUACCCGCGUGCUCUGGAGACAGCCCUAACACUGAUGGCAUCCACAUAGCCGACUCGACCAAUAUCCAGGUUGCCAACUCGGUCAUCGGCACCGGUGAUGACUGCAUCUCCAUCGGCCCAGGUUGCACCAAUUUGACCAUCUUUAAUGUGUUAUGCGGUCCCGGCCACGGCAUCAGCGUCGGUAGUCUCGGCAAAAAUGCCAAUGAGAAAGAUGUCAGUGGGUUGACGGUGAGGCAAUGCACUUUUACCGAUACAAGUAAUGGAUUGAGGAUCAAGACAUGGCCAUCUUCUCCAUCCAGUUUGAAGGCCACCGGUUUUGUCUUCGAAGACAUCAUCAUGAAUAAUGUCUACAAUCCCAUCAUCAUAGAUCAGAACUAUUGCCCCUAUGCUAAUUGUCCCGAAACGGAUCCUUCUCUGGUUAAGAUCAAGGACAUCAAAUUCAGAAACAUCACGGGGACCACUGCCUCGCCAGAAGCUAUAAAACUAGUCUGUAGCAAGGCUGUUCCAUGUGAGGGCGUGGAGCUCAACGACAUCAGCUUGAAGUGCAAUGGCGACGACGAGCAAGCCAAAAAUAUGACGUCUACUUGUGUUCAUGUCUAUGGUAGCUCCAAUGGCAAUGUGAAACCAGACUCCUACACAAUUGUCGGUGUUUACAAUGUGAAGGAUUACGCAGCCGUAGGAGAUGGCCAAACCGACAACACAAAGGCUUUUGAAUCGACAUGGAGUGCGGCAUGUGCAGUGGAAGGGACAGCAACAAUAGUGAUCCCAGAGGGAGAAUACUUGCUUGGUCCAAUAAUCUUUAAAGGGCCUUGCAAAGGCAAAAUGGUGAUGCAAGUGAAAGGGCAGCUAUUGGCAUCCACCCAUCUCGAAGCUUACACACAAAACUGGCUCGAUUUUCAGUACAUUAAUGGAUUGGUAAUCUCAGGUGGUGGAAUAUUUCAUGGACAAGGAGCUUCUGCAUGGCCUUACAACCAAUGCCCCAAGACACGCAAAUGCAAACUCCUACCCGCGAACUUGGUGUUCAGUUUCGUGACGAAUGCAACCAUCAGUAGCAUUUCUUCUAUCGACAGCAAGUUAUUCCACAUGCAAAUCUUUGAAUCAAGAGACAUCACCCUUGAUUCCAUCAAAAUCAGUGCUCCUGGAGACAGCCCUAACACUGAUGGCAUCCACAUAGCCGACUCGACCAAUAUCCAGGUUGCCAACUCGGUCAUCGGCACCGGUGAUGACUGCAUCUCCAUCGGCCCAGGUUGCACCAAUUUGACCAUCUUUAAUGUGUUAUGCGGUCCCGGCCACGGCAUCAGCGUCGGUAGUCUCGGCAAAAAUGCCAAUGAGAAAGAUGUCAGUGGGUUGACGGUGAGGCAAUGCACUUUUACCGGUACAAGUAAUGGAUUGAGGAUCAAGACAUGGCCAUCUUCUCCAUCCAGUUUGAAGGCCACCGGUUUUGUCUUCGAAGACAUCAUCAUGAAUAAUGUCUACAAUCCCAUCAUCAUAGAUCAGAACUAUUGCCCCUAUGCUAAUUGUCCCGAAACGGAUCCUUCUCUGGUUAAGAUCAAGGACAUCAAAUUCAGAAACAUCACGGGGACCACUGCCUCGCCAGAAGCUAUAAAACUAGUCUGUAGCAAGGCUGUUCCAUGUGAGGGCGUGGAGCUCAACGACAUCAGCUUGAAGUGCAAUGGCGACGACGAGCAAGCCAAAAAUAUGACGUCUACUUGUGUUCAUGUCUAUGGUAGCUCCAAUGGCAAUGUGAAACCAGACUCCUGUAUCUAGUUUCUCAUUGUUGGAUUGUGAGGCAAAAGUGAUGAACUAUUCCACACGAGAGUUCCUCUCCCUUUUUUCUUUCUUCAACCUCCUUGUA